AUGCCACGUUCCUUUUUGGUGAAGAGCAAAAAGGCUCAUACCUACCACCAGCACCGCUUUGUGGAAGAUGAUCUGCCUAUAUUCACAUGGGAUCCAAUCUCCUCUGCCUUCACUGCCAUAGGAGACAAGACAGCAGAGGAUGGCAGAAAACAGGACCUAGAAUGCGUGGUUCCAAAACAAGAAAAGGACCCUUCUGAACCGAAAGAAGAAAGUGUCCCCGUCCAGCACCCGAGCAGGAUGCUGCCAGGACCUUCAGCUCAAGAGAUGACCAUCCCAGGUCUGCAGAUCAAAGACUGCACUACCCCGACCAGCACCCCCACCUUCUACAAAACCGGCUUUUCUUGGGACGCUUUCCAUUUGCCAUACAGCUAUCGACAGAUGUCUUCCACCAUGCAGUCAGCCCUCCUGGAGCACCCAGUCAGCCUGUAUGGCAGCCACCUCCUGCCAAGCCCCGAGCCCCCUCUGGAUUACAGCAUGCAUUACUCCUCCGACAUGGAGACCUACCACUGUGUGAAGUGCAACAAGGUAUUCUCCACUCCCCAUGGCCUGGAGGUCCAUGUACGAAGAUCUCAUAGUGGGACCCGGCCCUUUGCUUGUGAAGUAUGUGGCAAAACCUUCGGGCAUGCUGUAAGCCUGGAGCAGCACACCAAUAUUCACUCCCAGGAAAGAAGUUUUGAAUGCAAGAUGUGUGGGAAGACAUUCAAGCGUUCCUCUACCCUCUCCACGCACCUGCUGAUCCAUUCAGACACGCGGCCCUACCCCUGCCAGUACUGCGGCAAGCGCUUCCACCAGAAGUCCGACAUGAAAAAACACACUUACAUCCACACCGGGGAGAAGCCCCACAAAUGCCAGGUAUGUGGCAAAGCCUUCAGCCAGAGCUCCAACCUCAUCACCCACAGCCGCAAGCACACCGGCUUCAAGCCCUUCAGCUGCGAGCUCUGUGCCAAGGGCUUCCAACGCAAGGUGGACCUACGGAGGCACCGGGAGACCCAGCACAGUCUCAAGUGA